AGAACCAUAGAGCGGAGGUUCGCGGCUGCUUCAGCAACUUCCGCUUCCGGCUAUGAGGACAGCUGCUCUUUGGUUUCUGCAUGGGUUGAGGUUGCCGCGUGAGCUGUGCUGCCGGGGCAUGGCGAAAAGCAAGUUUGAGUAUGUGAGGGAGUUCGAGGCGCCGGAUGCAUGUCUGCCAAACUGCUGGGUGGUGGUGAGAGUGGACGGGAGAAACUUCCACAGGGUGUUUGCUUAUCUGUGCGAUCCUCUGUAUGUUCUCACUGAUCUCUGUUCCAACAGGUUCUCGGAGCAGCAUAACUUUAGUAAACCCAAUGACAUCCGUGCUCUCCAGCUCAUGAACCGCUGUGCACAGAAUGUGAUGGAAGAACUGAAAGACAUCUGUCUGGCAUAUGGACAAAGCGAUGAGUACAGCUUUGUCUUUCACAGGAAAUCUAACUGGUACAAAAGGCGAGCAAGCAAGUUUAUGACGCACGUGGUCUCGCAGUUUGCCUCCAGUUAUGUCUUCUACUGGAAGGAGUUCUUCCCGGAUCAACCAAUCUUGUACCCGCCUGGGUUUGACGGCAGAGUGGUCUUGUACCCCAGUGAGCAGAACCUCAAGGAUUAUCUCAGCUGGAGACAGGCUGACUGCCACAUCAACAAUCUAUACAACACCGUUUUCUGGUUGUUGGUACAGAGGGGAGGAUUAACUCCAGCACUGGCUCAGGACCGGCUACGGGGAACACUUGCUGCCGAUAAGAAUGAAAUAUUAUUUUCAGAGUUUAACAUCAACUACAAUAACGAGCCGUUACUGUAUAGGAAAGGAUCUGUCAUCCUAAAGAAGAAGGUGAAUGAAAUCAGCAAGAAAGUAAUAAAGCUGAAAGGUGAAGAGGAGAAGGAAGUGGAGGUAUCCCGUGUACGGAACCAGUUCGCCAUUCUGCAUUGUGAUGUAAUCAGCGACAAGUUUUGGGAGGAGAACCCAGAUAUACUUUCAGCUGAGAGCUGAAUAAAGUGCUUUUUUCCCCUGCUUCUUGUUGACGCCCCAUAACUGACACUACUGGGAUGUAUGGACCAAAGAAGUUGGCAGAAAGUUUAGUCUCUCAAUUACUCAAAUUAUUUAU